AUGGGGAGGAACGGUAGCGUGAAGCGCGGGGCGUCUUCGGCCGCCGCGGGUGCUGCCGCGGGGCCGCCGUCCUUCUCUGUGAAUCCCGCCGACUACCGGUUGAUGGAGGAGGUGGGGUACGGUGCGCACGCCGUCGUGUACCGCGCGAUCUUCCUGCCGACCAAGGGUGUUGUGGCGGUCAAGUGCCUGGAUCUCGAUCAGCUCAAUAACAACAUCGAUGAAAUACAAAGGGAGGCCCAAAUAAUGAGCUUGAUAGAUCAUCCUAAUGUCAUCAGGGCUUACUGCUCUUUUGUUGUGGAGCACAGCCUUUGGGUGAUAAUGCCGUUCAUGACAGAGGGUUCUUGUUUACACUUAAUGAAGAUCUCAUACCAGGAAGGUUUUGAUGAGCCGGUCAUUGGCUCCAUUUUAAAGGAAACUCUUAAGGCUUUGGAUUACCUUCACCGGCAGGGUCAAAUACAUCGUGAUGUCAAGGCUGGUAAUAUCCUUAUCGAUGGUGCUGGGGUAGUGAAGCUUGGAGACUUUGGUGUUUCUGCUUGUAUGUUUGAUAGAGGUGAUAGGCAAAGAUCUAGGAAUACAUUUGUAGGAACACCAUGCUGGAUGGCUCCAGAAGUGCUCCAACCUGGCGCUGGAUAUAAUUUCAAAGCUGACAUAUGGUCAUUUGGAAUCACUGCUCUUGAACUAGCACAUGGCCAUGCUCCAUUUUCGAAAUACCCCCCUAUGAAGGUUCUUCUCAUGACUCUCCAGAAUGCACCACCUGGUCUUGAUUAUGAACGUGACAGAAGAUUCUCAAAGUCAUUUAAAGAGAUGGUUGCAAUGUGCUUGGUCAAAGAUCAAACAAAGAGACCAACAGCUGAAAAGUUGCUAAAGCAUUCAUUUUUCAAAAAUGCAAAGCCUCCAGAGUUGACUAUUAAGAGUAUCUUAUCUGGUUUACCUCCUCUCUGGGACCGUGUAAAGGCUCUCCAGCUUAAAGAUGCAGCACAAUUGGCUUUGAAGAAAAUGCCUUCUUCUGAACAGGAGGCCCUCUCCCUGAGUGAAUAUCAACGCGGUGUUAGUGCAUGGAACUUCGAUAUCGAGGAUCUCAAGGCUCAAGCAUCAUUGAUUCAUGAUGACGAGCCACCGGAAAUAAAAGAAGACGAGGACAUUGCAAGAAACAUUGAGGUUGAAAAGGAUUUAUCUUCACGGAACCAUUUGGGAAAGUCAUCUGCAAAUGAAUGCAACUCCAGGCAGCGAGCCUUUGCCAGCACUUUAAAUUCGGAUGGAAACAGCCCCCCCACAAACGAAGCUUUUGAUUUUGAUUUUGAUUUUAGCGAUGCUGACACUACAAGAAGGGCUGAUGGAUAUGAAAGCAACAUAAGAGAGAAUGAUUCAUUGCCCUCUACAUCAAAGCGAGAUCCAGAGUCGAAUCAUUGGACAAAUGACGUUGGGCAGAGACAACUGACUACUGGUGGGAGCAAUAGCUCAGCAGCUGAAAGGGGCUAUGGUUUUGAGAGGGAUGCAGCUGUGCAAAUGAUAUCUGACAAACAAAGAAGUGAGAAGAGAAAAACAGCAAGCCUUAGUGGUCCACUUUCACUGCCAACUCGUGCUUCUGCAAAUAGUUUGUCAGCUCCUAUUCGAUCUUCAGGAGGUUAUGUAGAUUCAUCAGGUGACAAGUCCAAGCGAAGUGUAGUAGAGAUUAAAGGCCGCUUUUCAGUAACAUCUGAGAAUGUUGAUCUUGCAAAGGUUCAGGAAGGUCCACUUAGUAGUCUCUCCCGGAAAUCACCAGAGGGUUCACUGCUAAGAAAAUCUGCCAGCACUGGUGAUUGUUUGGUUAAUCCUAAGCUGAUGUGUAACACUAAUCAGCUGAAGGAACUCUGCAAUAGUUCAGUAUCAUCUUCAGUAUUAAUUCCCCACCUUAACAACCUUGUGCAACAGACCAUGUUUCAGCAGGAUCUAAUCAUGAACCUACUUAGUAACUUGCAACAGAAUGAGAAAGUUGACGGAACACAGCCUGGAAUAUCUUCUCAAGUUCGAACGAUGGAGAAUGAUAAAGUGGCUGAUACAGCUAACUCUGAGAAGGAACGGUCAUUACUUGUUAAUAUUUCAGAAUUACAGUCUAGGAUGAUAACACUGACUGAUGAACUAAUUGCAGCUAAGCUAAAACAUGUUCAGUUGCAGCAAGAGCUAAAUGCAUUGUACUGCCGAGAAGAAAUUGAGGAUUUUAGGGAUGAGGAUAACGAACAAACAUAA